UCUGUUUAUGUGACCACAUGAGCAGGUUCAAAUACUUUUCCGUUCCUGCCCUUCUAAAUUGACUUUUUGUGGGCGGUUGCCGCUUGCGAUGAGUCACCUUCGGUUUCGUUGCCGCCGAAGCGGAGCAUGACAAGCCGACAUGGAGCGACCUGCGUCUCCCAGGCAAGCGGCGGCGGCGGCGGACGGCGGCGGCGGCGGCGGCUACUUGGACAAGAACCGCUCGGUCCUGACGGUGGACGACGUCUACGAGAUCGCCAAAGACAUCGGCGCCGAGCUGGAGAGGCUCAUCGACGGCUACGGCAAAGAGAGCGUGCUGGGCCUGGUCCCCCGGCUGGUGAAGGUUCUGGAGCUUCUGGAGAGCUUCGCCGCCAGCAACCGGGCGCACAAGCACCGCGAAGAAGAGCUGCUGCGGGCCUUCGAGAGCUUGCGGCUGCAGCGCAAGAAACGGGCGCCCAAGGACGGCGACGAAAUCAACGAGAAUGGACAAACGCGGGAGGAGCAAGAACGGGGGCGCAAAUGUGAGGAGCUGCAAGUGCAAAUCCAGCAGCUUCAGGAAGACAACAGGCAGCUGCACGACAGGCUCAAGGGAAGCCACGCGCACGAGGACGGCGUCCAGCGGCAGGAGCGAGAAGUGAUGCUGAAGCUCAAGCAGGUGGUGGACAAGCAGAGAGAUGAGCUGAGGGCCAAAGGCCAAGAGAUCGGCACCAUCUCCAAGGAGGCCGAAGCGCUCCAGGAGCAGCUGGAGCGCUUCAUGAGGAUGAACGGCGAGCUGCGACGCAAGCAGAACGUGCUGCAGGCCCAGCUCAAGAGCGCCGUGGAGAGGAAAGCCGACAUGGAGGCCGACCUGAAGGAGAAAGUCAAAGUGGCGGAAAAGCUGCAGGCGCAGAUGGACGCCGCCAACAGCAACGCGCACUCCGGUCCAAGUGAGGCAACGGGUGCAACGGAGCCUUCAGACCACCACGAGGACCCGGACCCGCUUUGCUUCACCAAGAGGGAGGUGCGUGACAUCAUUUUCGAGCGGAAUGAGCUCAAAACCAACCUCUUCCUGGUGCAAGAGGAGCUGAACUACUAUCAAAGGGAGAUGGCGAACGAGGACCGAUGCCCCGGCUUCCUCUUGGAAGCGGUCCGAUCGGCCAUCACCAAAAGAAGAAAAGUCAUCAAAGCCAAGAUGCUUGGAAUCCCCCCGCCUGACUCCAGCAGGUUAAACCCCAAAGCGUGUGCAGAAGUGAUGAGGAAGACAAGGGCCCUGCGACGGAAGUGGACGGGACCGACAAGCCGGCAGAAUCCCGCAUUCGAAACCUCUUCGGCUUCCUGACGUGGUCGGGCCGGAGCCCCACCCACACGAGCAACGCCACGUCCGGCUGGGAGAUCAUCGGCGACUCCGAGGCCGGCGGGGGCGGGGGCGGGGGGGGGAGUCCGCGUUAGAUGAGACCCCGCGACCCGGACGGGCCCCACCGUUAUUUCUGCGCUUCUGUUAAGCUUUCCAGCCUUUUUUCACAAAUGUACGCGCUAUGCAACUGGAAGGGGAGACAAACGUCUCUCAAUUAAAAACCAAAACCAAAAAAAAGCUCUUUUUAUAUCCUGCAAUUUUUUUGCCAGUCUAAAAAGAAAAAAAUAACAAUAAUUUUACCAUUCACUAUACGAGAUGAAUGCUUAAUUCCAAUGACCUGAAAAAAAAGUUCUUCUUAAUAUGUCUGCUUCUUUUAUUUCUUUUCAAUAUUUGAAAUGAGAAAUCCACCCUCACAAGGAUUUGAAAUGUGCAAUUAUGUAAAUGAUUCAAAAGCGCCGUUUGAGGUACGUUUCAAUGUGGCGGGACACAAUUCUCACGAGUUUUUUGUCCGACUGUAAAUAGCGUAGACGUUGUAUAUUUGGGGGCUUUGCAAACCUUUUUCAAAAUUGAUUUUUUCUUUAAAAAAAAAAAAAAAGGAUAUUUAACAUGACCCUUUGACAUUAUUAUGACUUUUGUGGCAAAAGGGAACAUUUUCACUGCGAUACGAUGUUUUUGUUUUUUUUUUUUUUUUUUUUUUUUUGUUUUUUUUUUUUGCCUUCCGCGUUAAUUGCACCAUUUGGAAAUCAGACCGCUUUAAACAUAAUAUAAUGCUCCAAAAUAAGUCUAAUUUCGUGGCAUUGGCUCUUGAGAACACAUUCAUCCUUGCACAUAGCACCUGCGUAAACAUUUGAAUUUACAACAAAAUAAUCCGCUUGUUGUCCUCAGCAUUGAGCACUUAUGGUUAAAAUAUGAAAGGCAGCACAAAAUCAUGACGCAAACAUUUCAAAUCAUUUUUCCUCCGAUUGAAUAUUCAGUUUAUUUUUGUAAGCGUGGAUUUUAUUUCUGAAAAAAAAAAUUGGAAUUACAUUUGUGUGACGAAAAAAACCAAACAGAUUUUGAUGUGGUAUGGAAAUGUUCAUAAUAAAAGUUG